AUGCAUGCUGAUAUGCAAGACUUUUUUUCCCUUGCGCUCUUUUCUUUUUUUUUUCUCUUUUUUUAUGGCUUGUAUAUCCAAGAGGGUCCAUAUGGGGCCGGAGCGGGAGGGGCGGCCUAUGAACUGUGGUUGUUCGGCAACAUGGCUGUUCCUAGCCGUCAGGAUUAUUACGCAGGGACUGGGGAUAUACGAGUGCCCAUUGCCGAAUAG